AUGGCUCUUAAGCGCAUUAACAAGGAGCUCACUGAUCUCGGCCGCCCGAGACGUCAGGUGGGGCCAUCGAGAGCGGGGUCUUCUUCAACAAGGACUGCUGCAACUUUUCAGCUCAUUCGGACCACUGAUGUUGAGGGUGAUGGCGGCAUCAAGCCGACGAGUACGAUUCCAAAGAUGCACAAUGCUGACCUCUUUUCUUUGACAGUGACCCGCCCUCUUCCUGCUCUGCCGGCCCCGUCGGCGAAGAUCUGCCGAGCACGAGAUCACGGAUUCUCAUUCCACUGGCAAGCGACGAUUAUGGGACCCCAUGUGGCUAACAUUUACGUUCAGGGCGACUCUCCCUACUCUGGCGGCGUCUUCUUCCUCGCCAUCCACUUCCCUACCGACUACCCCUUCAAGCCGCCCAAAGUCAACUUCACCACUCGCAUCUACCACCCCAACAUCAACUCCAACGGCAGCAUUUGCUUAGAUAUUCUGCGUGACCAGUGGAGCCCGGCGUUGACCAUCUCCAAGGUCUUGCUGUCCAUCUGCUCAAUGCUGACGGACCCCAACCCCGACGACCCUCUGGUGCCCGAGAUUGCACACGUCUACAAGACGGACCGCGCCAGAUACGAGGCCACUGCUCGCGAGUGGACUCGCAACUCUGGCGUACGAUUAGGUCAUGGUCAUUGCUCUGCGUUGCGGUUUGGGAUCUCUUUCGUUUCACCAGCACACAGAAGACGGUUCGGCCGUCGAAACAAAACACUUGACGGCGGAUUGGCAUUCUCGAGAAGAGGUUACGCGGGCAAUGUGGAUAGAAGGCGGACCAAUCAGACAGUUAGCAGCACAGGUACCACGUACGGGUUUUCAUACGGCAAGGCUUCAUGUUCCUACUGCAUUGACGCUGCAUUGCUGCGUACGUUUUGGUUGACACCUCAGAAGAGACGACUGGUAGUCAUCGUUACCAACUACCCUCGAUGCUUGGAUGACGAGGAAUACUUUUGGCUGACGAGGGAUGCGGCUCGGACAGGCUUUCUACCUGAGUAA